AUGCCGGGGUUCCAGAUCCCGGGCCUCGGGCAGGCCAAGCCCAACGAGACUCUGCCGCCUCUGCCGGCGGACAUGCUCGCUGACGCCGCUCCAGUCGACCAGACGCAGGAACCGCAUCACCAGGCAGAGGCCCCGGCACCGACCGAAACAAAGAAAGAGCAGAAUCAGCCAGACGCCGAAAAUGGUAUUGCGCAGGAUCAAGCACAGCCGGACGGAGACCCCAUGGCCAUUGAUCGGCCAGAGAAUCCUCCUUCUCUGACCUGUGCCUUGGAGGCUGCCAUCGGAGGGCUCGAAGACACGAACAUGACGCAAGCAGAAGCUCGGGCGGAACCGCAACCUGACGAUCGCGAGCUGCAACCCGAUCAAGAAUCCAGCAGCUCCGACUCGUCGGACGAGGACUCGGACAACGAGCAGUAUGAGCUCCUCGGAGUCGAAGAGACGGCCCGGCUUUUGAUGGAGAUGGACGGCGGGCUCGACGACGAAGGCGAAAAGGGAGACAAGGCAACGUCCGCCGCCCAGCUGCGAACCAAGAACGAGCUCCCGGAGGAACCCAUCCCCAAGCCUGACAUCACCGUCACGCCCGAGAUGAAAGUCGAAGAGCUCGGCUCGGUGGAGCACAUUGUCGAAGGCACUAUUCUUGUCAAGGCCAUCACCCCUGGCGAAUACCAGGUGCUUGACACGGGCUCCGUGCUCUGCACCGAGGACCGGGUCGUCAUCGGCGUCGUGGCCGAGACGAUUGGCAAAGUCCUGCAACCAAUGUACACGGUGCGCUUCAGCUCACAAGACGAGAUCAACGAGUUUGGCGUGCAGGUCGGGACUAAGAUAUUUUAUCCGGUGGACCACGCGUCGUACGUCUUCACGGAGCCACUCAAGAGCCUCAAGGGGUCCGACGCCAGUAACAUCCACGACGAGGAGGUAGGCGCCGACGAGAUGGAGUUUUCCGACGACGAGAAGGAGGCCGACUACAAGCGCGCUCUCAAGAACAAAAAAAACAAGAGCAAGGGCCCUGGCGAAGGCGGGAGGGGCGGCAGGGGCGGCAGGGGCCCGCAUCCCCUGCGCCAGGAGAUGGCGCCCGACGGCGAACUCAACUACGACGACGGGCCGUACAAGCCACUGGCCAGACCCCCCGGCUUCGGCAGCGGUGCUGCACCCGGCGAGCCCGUCGAGCUGCCCCCGCGCCCCCAGUUCCAGCGCGGUGGUGGCCGGCGCGGCGACCGCAGAGGCAGGGGAGGCAGGGGAAGAGAUUCGGGUCGGGGAGGCGGUCGCGGCGGCUACGACCAGCCCAGAGACGGCCACUCUCUUCCCCCCCGAGGCUAUCAACAGCAACCCCCCAACCAGCAACCCAGCAACGCGUGGCCUUCAAACAUCCCCGCCGGCCCGACGCAAGGCUCCGCGCCGUCCAUGCCCGUCUUUGGCUUCCAGCUCCCUCCCGGCUGGCCUCAGCAACCGCAUCAUCAAGCCCACGGCGCGCCAGUGACAGCGCCACCGCCGCCGCCACCGCCACCGCCACCGCCAGGCUGGCCCUCGCAAGAUCCCGCGCAGGGGCACCAGGGCGUCAACGGCACCUUUGUCAACCCUGCCUUUGUAGCGGCACUCAUGAGCCAGAUGCAGGGGCAAAACGGUCAGCAGCCGUGGGGUGGUCAGCAGCAGCAGCCACCGCCGCCCGGGGGCUGGUCAUAG